AAACAGAGAGGUUAGAUCUAAACUUCCUUCGAUGGAUCAAUUUCCUCUUGCUCUCAAAAAAAUUUUAAAUUGCAGAAUAAAUUAUUGUGAAUUGUUUUUUCCUGCUCGUCUAAGGCCUUGAUACUACCUAUAGAUCAUCACAGAGGGAAAGAUUAUAUCCAUCCGUCUCUUUCUUAACUACAAACUGAAAUCCCAGUUCUGGUUCCUAGAAGCAACAGUAUCCUCCGGCAGGGGCGCUCCUUCCGGAAACUCCUGCAUAAGAGGAUGAAGGGUCUUUUCAAGUCGAAGCCAAAGACGCCCGUCGAGCUUGUCCGACAGACGCGUGACCUCCUCAUCUAUGUUGACCUUAAUUACAAUACUCGUCAAAUCAGCAAACGGGACGAGGAGAAGAUGGCAGAAUUAACUAAAACAAUACGAGAGUUGAAAUCAGUUCUUUAUGGCAGCAGUGAAGCAGAACCUGUUGCAGAAGCUUGUGCACAGUUAACUCAAGAGUUCUUCAGAGAGAACACACUACGCCUUUUAAUUACUUGUCUUCCUAAAUUGAACUUAGAGGCUCGUAAAGAUGCUACACAAGUGGUUGCUAAUUUGCAAAGGCAACAAGUUCAGUCACGGUUGAUUGCUUCUAACUACUUGGAAGAAAACAAAGAUCUUCUAGAUCUUUUGAUAUCAGGGUAUGAUGACUCAGACAUUGCCUUACAUUAUGGCACAAUGUUGAGAGAGUGCAUACGCCAUCAGAGCAUUGCAAAGUAUGUCUUGGAGCCAGAGAAGAUAAAGAAGUUCUUUGAUUAUAUACAACUCCCAAAUUUUGACAUUGCAUCAGAUGCUUCAGCAACUUUUAAGGAACUCUUGACAAGGCACAAGUCUACUGUAGCUGAAUUUCUUACAGAAAAUUAUGACUGGUUUUUUGAAGAGUAUAAUUUUAAGCUUCUAGAAUCUUCCAAUUAUAUUACCAGAAGGCAAGCUAUCAAGCUGCUUGGAGACAUUUUACUUGAUCGUGCAAAUUCAUCCAUCAUGAUGCGGUAUGUUAGUUCAAAGGACAACUUGAUGAUCCUAAUGAAUCUUCUGAGGGAAUCAAGCAAGAACAUUCAGUUAGAGGCAUUUCAUGUUUUCAAGCUAUUUGCUGCUAAUCAAAAUAAACCUCCUGAAAUUGUUGGCAUACUUGUUAAAAAUAGAAGCAAACUUCUUCGAUUCUUUAGCAACUUCAAGACUGAGAAAGAGGAUGAACAGUUUGAAGCAGAUAAAGCUCAAGUUGUACAAGAAAUUGCUGCCCUGGAACCCAGAGAUCAGCCUUAAGUAGUGCUGCUAGCCAAUGUAUGAUCACAUUCUGAUAUAAUGUAAAAUUUGGAUUGGUUUUCGAAUUACAUCAUAUUCAGUGGGUUCUCUUCAAUUUUUUUGCUGAGUUAUGAUAAAUCCACUGUAAAUUGCCUUCUGGUUUCUCAAGGAUAAUUUCACCCUUCUAAUUUAGUAGUAUAAUUAUUAAUUCCCCUCAA